AUGGCUGUCGUCGGUAUCGACCUCGGCACCUUACACAGCAAAAUCGGUGUUGCCCGUCGCAAGGGUAUCGAUAUUAUCACUAAUGAGGUUUCUAACCGCGCAACACCGUCUCUUGUUGCUUUCGGCCCCAAGCAACGUACGCUUGGUGAGGCAGCAAAGACGGGCGAGAUCUCAAACUUCCGCAAUACCGUCGGCUCGCUGAAACGCCUCGUGGGGCGCACGGUAAACGACUCGGAGAUUCAGGAAUACGAGAAGAAGUUCACGCUCGCCACACUUGUGGAUGUAGAUGGAAGCGUCGGUGCGGAGGUGACUUACCAGGGCGAGAAGCAGAGGUUCACUGCAACGCAGCUUCUCGGUGCUUACCUUGGCAAGCUGCGUGAUACUGCAGCAGCCGAGCUCAAGAACACUGUGUCUGACGUCGUCAUCGCUGUCCCCGGCUGGUUUACGGACGUCCAGCGCCGCGCUGUCCUUGAUGCUGCCGCAAUCGCCAACCUCAACCCUCUGCGCUUGAUGAAUGACACCACCGCCGUUGCUUUUGGAUAUGGUAUUACCAAGUCGGACUUACCCGAGGACCCGGAAAACGCUCGUCACGUUGUCUUCAUUGAUAUCGGCCACUCAUCUCUGUCCGCAUCCGUCGCUGCCUUCUCUAAGGGUCAAGUCGCGAUCAAGGCGACCGCGUACGACCCGCAUCUCGGUGGCCGCGACAUUGACUUCGCGCUCGUUCAGUACUUCUCGGAGGAGUUCAAGACGAAGUACAAGAUCGACGUUCUCUCCAACCCGAAGGCAACGUUCCGCUUGUCCGCCUCUGCCGAGAAGCUGAAGAAGAUCCUGUCGGCCAACGCUGAGGCACCGCUCUCUGUCGAGUCCAUCAUGAACGACAUCGACGCAUCCAGCAAGCUCAACCGUGAGGACUACGAGGGUCUCAUCGCCGGCGUCCUUGACCGCAUCGUCGCUCCGCUCCAGAAGGCGCUCACCGAUUCCGGCCUGUCGCUCGAGCAGAUUGACGCCAUCGAGCUCAUCGGUGGCUCUACCCGUAUCCCGGCCGUUCGUGCCAAGAUCCAGAGCGUCUUCCCCGGCAAGGUUCUUUCCACUACGCUCAACCAGGACGAGGCGUGCGCUCGUGGCGCCACCUUCACUUGCGCGACGCUCUCGCCUGUCUUCCGCGUUAAGGACUUCAGCAUGAUCGACACGACUUACUACCCGAUUAAGCUCCAGUGGCAACGUGACCCCGGAGAUGGCGACGACGAGCCCGAACUCAUCGUCUUCCCUCAGCGCAACAACGUCCCGUCGACCAAGAUCCUCACCUUCUCGCGCAAGGACACCUUCGAAGUCGAGGCUGCGUACGCCGAGCCAUCGCUUCUCCCCGGUUCCAUCAACCCGUGGAUCGGCAAGGUUACCGUUAAGGGCGUCCAGCCGACCGAGACGGGUGACUUCGUGAACGUCAAGCUCAAGACGCGUCUCAAUCACAAUGGUCUGCUCUCGUUCGAGGAGGCGUACACCGAGACCGUGGAGGAGCGCGAGGUUGAGGCCGCGCCGGCCGCGGAAGGCGAGGCUCCGGCAGCACCGAAGAAGAAGAAGGUCACCAAGAAGCACCCUCUCUCGAUCGUCACCGGCUACGGCGGCGUCCUCGACACGUCUUAUCUCGAGAAGUACCGCGAGAUCGAGGCGAACAUGCACGAGAGCGAUAAGCUUGUGCAGGACACCGAGGACCGCAAGAACGCUCUCGAGGAGUACAUCUACGACGUCCGUGGAAAGCUCGACGACCGCUACGCACCGUUCGUUCAGCCCGCCGAGAAGGAGAAGUUGCUUGCCGAGCUUGCUAAGGAGGAGGACUGGUUGUACUCGGAGGAUGGCGAGGAUGCGACCAAGUCGGCAUACGUUCAGCGCCUCGACGCGCUCAAGGCGCUCGGUGACCCCAUCGUUGCGCGCUGGCGCGAGCAUGAGGAGCGUCCGCGUGCCGCCGCCCGUCUGCGUGAGACCAUCGGCCAAUACCACACCGAGGCUAGCUCUGGCGCCGAGAAGUACUCGCACAUCGAUGCGAAGGAUCUCACCGCCAUCGUUGAGAAGUGCGCUACGGUUCAGCAGUGGCUCGAGGACCAGUCUGUGCGCCAGAGCGAGAAGCCGAAGAACGUCGACCCCAUCCUCACCAGCGCGGAGAUCGAGAAGCGCCGCGACGAGAUCAUCUACCACGCGACGCCCAUUCUCUCGAAGCCCAAGCCCAAGCCCCCGAAGGUCGAGCCCGAGGCGGCGAAGAGCGGUCAGCAGACGCCUCAGCCUGAGCCCGCUGCUGAGCAGCAGGCGCCGCCACCCAAAACUGAGCCCGAGGGCCCGUCGGAGAUGGAUGUCGACUAA